CGUUACUGGAUGGACUCAAAAUACCGUACACUGAUGGAAUCGUCCCCAUUUUGAAUCCACCCGUCCUCACGCAUUGGUACGGAUUGUCACCAAUACAAAGUAUCGAAUACGACCCAAUCAGAAGCACUUUUAUCUCCACUCUGAUAAUCAUGAAUAAAAAUUCUUGACGUAUUGAUGAGCAACUACAACAGCCGGACUGGAGGUGGCGAGAGCAACAGCAUGGUAUGCAUGGAUAGCCCCGACCCCUUUGACUGGAUCGACGAGAGACAAACAAACAUAAACAAUGAUUGCGAGGGGAGAAGGGACAAAACACCAUGUAAUGCCAGCAAGAGCACCUGGCCACAGAAGGAAGAGAGUGAACAAAAAGGAAAAGCCAAGUUACAGAGAAAGAGAAAGAAAUACAAAGUUGACGUAAAACAGGACUCUGACUCUGACUCUGACUGGAUCGACGAGAGUGGAACAAACAUGAACAAUGAUCGCAAGGGGAGAACUAAGACAACGCCAUCUAAUACCAGUAAGAGAUGCGGGCCAAAACCGCGUAAGAACAUGUACUCGUAUUCGAGAUUUGGAUUUGACGUAGAAAACAAACUUCCAGAAAACUUUCAACCAUGUAAAUUCGACGUCAUUUAUGACUGCCAGAGAAUGGCUAAUACACACGGUACGUUUUGAAUAGUGGAAAYAACUCAGUGCUAUCAUUCACGCCUUCUCUUCAAGAGUAUUUAAUUCGUUUCCAGGCUAAUGAGGGACAGCGUGCUUUAGCACUAGGAGUCUCUGCAUCGAAUCAGAGGUGAAGUGUGAAGUGAAUGCCUUUAAACUAAUUUAACCUCCCUUCUUUUCAUAUCUAUCAUUUUCCUUCUUUAAUGUCGUCCUUCUCCAUGUGCUUCGCUAUUCGUUACAAUACACCUCGUAAAUUCACACGCACAGAAGGGAACCAAAUGCUUCGAGAAUUGGUAUGGAAUAACGCCCCCAAAUAUUUGGCCGCUAAGACCAGACCUUUGAGGGGGCCAAUCAUUCAGGCCAUCCUUGAUGAGAUUCGGACAAGAUCAACCACUGGUGUUGGCUUCGUUCGCUACAGUGAAGAAGCUGAUCGAUGGUUCGCUGUUGGCGACGUCAGGGUCAGGGACAAGAUCGGCCACGCUUUGCGAUAUGAAUGUUCGAGGAGAUCUAGUGGCAGGGGACAGGAACGACGUGGCAAAACGGUGAAGAAGGUAGCGUUGGGUACCGUUCAUAAGAAACGAAAGCCGAGUAWACCGGCAUCGAAAGACAUCUCGUGGAUGAAAUCGGGCAUUAUACUGCGUCAGAAAAAGCACCCGAAUGCAGCGGGUCUGAGAGUAGCCUCGAGGACCUCGUCUUCUAUAGUAUCCACGAACUCUUCUGCUCAAUCGCAACUAACAGUCGGUCGCACACGGGGAGCCAUCACCAAUGGUCCUAAUGAGAAACACAAAUUGCAGCUCGAUGAUACUGGUUCUCYAACCGCUUCCACACAUUCAAUAUCUUCGUUGUUAAGCACGGAUGUGUCAAGAGUCACCAAAAGGCGUCGGGCUUCCGCAUCUCCGCCAGAUAACACGGUCCCAUCGUGCCAUCUCCAGAAUCAGCACCAACAAUCUCAUCCACUAGAUAGUGAUUCGCAAGGCCGAAAUAGUAACAGUGGUUGUCACGAUUCUGAUGAUGAUCAGAAUCAUAGGCAUCAUUCGCAUGGCUAUCCACACCAUCAUACUACGGCAAAAACUCGUCGUCUACACUCAGAUAGAAUGCAACCACAAGUCACCAAACUAGGACACACUUCCCAAUCUCCGUCAGACAACACCAGCCACUCUUACCAUCUCGAGAAUGAGUGCCAACAAUCUCAUCGGCCAGAAAGUAAUCGUCAAGGCUCAAGUAGGAGCAAUGGUUGUCAUGAUUGUAAUAAUCAUCUCAKUCAUAAACAUCAUUCGGAUGGACAUCUGCAUCAUCAUACUAUGGCAAGAAUUCGUAGUCAACACUCGAAUAGAAUGCAACCACACGAUGCGUUUGAAUCCAAUCAUCCACCAUCGGUUGGAGGAAGAGCAGGGAUGACCCUUGCAAAAGAGACUAUUGUGAAAACCAAGUCAGUAGCGGGCACGCCUGAUCGCGCGCUUCCCGCGUCCGCUCGCUCACCAUCUCCAAUUGCUCGGUCUCGGCAUAAUUGCACUACAGGAAUUUCUUCAUGUACGGAUGCUGCAGUGACAGAUUCUUUGGUGUCGGGGCUGACAGAUAACUCUUUCCAGAUCUCGAACGGUAACGACCUCAUGUUUCCCGUCCGAGAGAUCACUGUUCCGAUCCCUCUCAAGACAAAAAAUAUCAACACAAACAUUAGGAGUUGUCCUGUCCCCAAUAAUCAAGAGACAAACAGCAUCGACAGUAAUAUUAGCAGCAGUAACGCGGGGCUCUCACUACAUUCUUCGCUACCAUUGGGUCUAGCUGCUCCCAAUCAGCAGCCGAAACAAGUAGUACAAGCGUCUAAUCAUCGCAGAUCACCACACAGACAUUGUUCGCAAACUGGUGGCGACGAGGGCUCCAAUUACGGGCAGCAGCAGGUCAAACAUCACAACGGACACUCGGCUCUACCAUCGUCACCUCUUUUCGGAAGAGAUAAGAAAGUUUCUGAACAAUACCAGUCCCUUAAUGCACUUAAUGCUUUUUUCGAUGGGCCACAAGAGGAUGGUCAAACCACAGAUCAACUAAAAAAGUACCAACACCAAUGUGACCAACCCGCGCAACCUUCUCCUCCAGUGUCUCCUCCUCACGGUCAGCUACAUGAUCCCCAUUACAAUCCAAAUCUAAAUGGUAGCCGUGAUGAAUAUCGUUAUCUUCAGAGGAUGUCACUCCUUCAUGCUCCGCUAGGAGGCCGCAACGAUCCUACUAUCCAACAUAAGCGGCAGCAACACCAACUAGCGGAUGAACAAAAAACAUUCUCUCUGUGUAGCUAUGGUGAGGUCGAAGAACCGAAGCAACGACGAGGAAACGAGGACUUUCUGAGACAACAAGAACGGGUAGCAGAGCCAGAAGAAGUUUCUACAACGUCGAUUAGUUUAGAAGCGCAGCAGGAACCUCAGUUUCUCGCAAUUCACCAUCAAGAGCAAGAGUACGCGGACUCGGAUGAGGACGAGGAUUAUAUCUACAGCAACCAAUAUUCCUCUUUCAUUUGAUUUUUGCAACUCAUGCCAUGUUUUCUACCAAAAAAAACAGUAGCAGUUAUAAUCCCGAAAAUUGCUUAGUGGAUGGUUGAGGAAUUGUGUGCUACUCUAUGUGAAAGACAGGAGAACGGGCGGCAACAAUAAUGUCAUUCAAAACUACACGAUCAAACACUUCGAAACAGAAUCAAUACUCUUCGGCUGAAUUAUGUACGCAGAAUCGCGAAGAACAAAUCAGAAAGUUCACAGCAUACGUCACGAAACAGUAGCAGAUAUAUAUUCAUAAAUAUGAUGUAGUCGAUUGAUCAAUCGAUCCUUCUACCUAUCUGCCACAAUGAGAACUUGACUGAUAGUACGGGCUUACUUACUCAGUCGCACGAGAGUGUCUUGGAAAUGACUAACCUAACCAGGGUGAAUGCAAAUGAAAGAGAACACACCCUUGCAUUCGCAUAGUCACGCAUACAUAAUAAAUUUUUACGGUCAAACACGUACAAAGAUGAAUCAACCAACCGAACCUGCAUCUAUCAGCAACAAAGAAUAUCCCCCAUACGCCGUGAGACAAUUUGCUUUUUCCAUUCAUCACAUUGUCUCCAAAGCACAUGAAUAGCAACGAACGAAACCAACAAAAUCAUUGUAUUAUA